AAUUUUAUUUAUUUAAUUAAUGACACUUGUGUGCAUAUAUAGCUGACAUAUUUUUUUAUUUUAUCCAGAAGAGGCUUUACCCCCGGAAGGAAAAAAGUGAUCAGCAGCGAUCAGUAAUCAAUACAAAAACAACACGUGCGUGCAUAGAAACAAAAUAAAUUAAUUUCUAGGAAUUUGUUUAUUUGAAGACAACCGCUGAUCACCAGACAUUUCAAUUUUUUCCCACUGACUGAUAGUUUAUAAACAAAGUAUUAGUCUAUUGUAAUGAGAUUAAGUGAGCGCCACAUUUAAUGCUGAUCAACAAAUUUAAUUCAAACUAACCAGGUUGGAAAAGAGAAAUCAGUCUUUAAUUAUUCUUUGUCCAGAUCUUUACUCCAAGAUAUUCCUCAAGAUUUUUUGUUGUUGCAAUGGAUGUAAAUGACUUGAUAAGAAAUAAAAUGAUUAUAAAAAAACCCGCUAAGAUUUCAAAUUACAAAGCCAACGAUGAUCCAAAACCUCAGAGAAAAGUUAAAUCGACCGCGAGAAAUGCUGGUUUGUACGAACCAGAUAAAUUUGAUUUAUCCGAUAUUGAACCGCCAAAAAAAACUUCAACGGAAGCUGAAAUAUCAUCGCAAAUUUUUGAGAUUAAUGGUGGUGAUACUUUUACUGACCGAUCGAUGGUUGAAAACUGGAAUAAAAUGGUUGACUCAGGAGGUAAUAACUCAAAAACUUUUAAAGCGCCAAAAGAUAAUUGUUUUAAGAGAAAUCCACUUAUGAGAGGAUUAUUGCUGCAAAAAAUGAAUGAAAUGAAACUAGCAGAUGACGAAUCAUCACAUUCGGCAAGUGGUUGUUAACGGCGCAAAUACAUUCGUCCGAUAAUCUUAUUGAUCAACUGUUUUUACAUUCAAAAAAUUUUAUUUAAAUUUAAAUCAACUUGCACUUGAUCUCAAUAAAUAAAUUAAAUCAAUUGUUAAAGUGCCUUUAUAAUAUAAAUUAUCAAUUUGAAUAUUAAAUGUAUUUUAAUAAUAUUGCGAAUAGUUAAUUAAUUCAUUAAUAAAAAUAAGUCGAGCACAUCACAAUGCAAAUUUAUCAUCUUCAUUUUUACGAUAAAUUUUUUUAAAAAUUAUCAUUUAUCGAUGAAAGCAACAAAUAAAUUUCCUUUUGAUCGAUUGAAAAAAUUAUUCAAUCUUCCAUUAAAACCCAUGGAUAUUUUAUAUUCAUACAUUUGUUAAAAAUAAAAUUACUUCAUUAAGCAGUCCUUAAGUACAAACUAGUGUAACAAUGGAGUCAUGAGGAAGUACAACUUUUAUACAUGAGUAAUUUUUUUUUAAUCUGAUAAAUUUUUAAAAAAUCAUUGGGGUCUUUCACCAACGUGAGUCAUUAUAUUUGUUAUACUUGAUUUUAAAAUGCUCACUUAAAAAGUUUCGAAGUAAUAAAAUGAUAUUUGUUACCAUUAUUAUUAAUGUUGAUUUAAUUAUAAGCAACAAUGUUUUACUUUUAUACACUUAAUAAACCAAGUUGUUAAAUAAAGAUCAUUUAAUUUAAAUA